CAUCAUCCAAAUCAAUUGUACAGCAACCCCACAUAUUCACAAUGCCGCGACAGUCCACCCGCACAAAAAAGCCGGCCACCAAGGCUGCCGAGCCUGAGAAGGUCGAGAAGGUCGUCGAGGAGAAGCCCCAGAAGGAGCAAAAGAAGCGUGGCAGAAAGCCCAAGCAGGUCGUCGAAGAGACCCCCGUAGAGGACAAGAUGGAGGUCGAGGAGGAGCAGAAGGAGGAGGAAACCACCACUCAGACCAAGGCCGACGAGCAGCAACCAGAGCAACAAGAGGGGGCCGGUUCAGAUUCUGAGGAGGGUAGCGACGACGAGGAGGACAACGAUCUCGAUCUUGAUGCACUUGACGAAUCCGAUUCCGACUCAGAAUUCGAGCGCGACCUGAACGAGAAGCAAUCCGCCGCCGGCAUCCAGGCAAACAAGUACCAGAAGGCCGCCGAGGAAUCGAGCGACGAGGAGGAGGACGAGGAUGAGAUCGACAUUGACGAGCUCGACGUCGACGGAGAGGAGGGAGAGGAGGUCAAGGCCAUUUCGAAGGCGCGCCAAACAAUAAACAACAAGCAAGGUCUCCUGAUGGCGCUCAAGCGCUUCGCCCUCGACACAACCGACAAGGUCCCCUUCGCCUUCCACCAGUCCAUCGUUGCCAAGAAGGUGACGGAGGAGUCCAUCCCCUCGAUCGACGACGACCUGGCCCGCGAGCUGGCCUUCAUGAACCAGGCGCUCGAGGCCGCCCGCGUCGGCCGCGCCCUCCUCCGCAAGGAGGGUGUCCCCUUCACCCGCCCUACCGACUACUUCGCCGAGACGCUGCGCAGCGACGAGACCAUGGAGAAGGUCAAGGCCAAGCUUAUCGAGGAGGCCACGGCCAAGAAGGCCUCGGCCGAGGCGCGCAAGCAGCGCGACCUCAAGAAGUUCGGCAAGCAGGUGCAGGUGGCCAAGCAGCAGGAGCGCGCUAAGCAGAAGCGUGAUACGCUCGAAAAGAUUAACCUUCUCAAGAAGAAGCGCAAGGACGGCGGUGGCCCCACCGGCGCCAACGAAGCCGAAGACCUCUUCGACGUCGCCGUCGACAACGAGCUCAAGGGCGGCCCCGGCGGCAACAACAGCAAGAAGCGCGGCCGCGACGGCAAGGAAGGCGGCGGGCCCAACGCCAAGAGGCAACGGAAGGACGCCAAGUUCGGCUUCGGCGGCAAGAAGAAGUACGCCAAGUCCAACGACGCCAUGUCGUCGGGCGACGUGAGCGGGUUCAGCGCGAGGAAGAUGAAAUCGGGCGGCGACCGUGGCCGUGCCGGCGGCCCAGGAGGAGGCAAGCCCCCCGCCAAGAAGUUCAAGCCUGCGCCUAGGCCUGGUAAGGCUAGGAGAAAGGCCGGGGCUGGAAAGAGGUGAAGUGGUGAAGUGGCUGAAGUAGCAAGGAGAAGCAGAAGAAGAUGUGAAUAGCAGUCGGUGUCAUGAUGGGUAAUUGUUUCCAACCUAGUACAACAACAAGUUCAGCACGGCAGGCUGGUAGGGAAGGUGGUAGUAGCGUGUAUAAGUAUACAUCAUCGUGGGAUCGGUCAUACAACAAACAUCAUUGAAGGAUCAGAUCAAUUAAGUAGCCACUACCUUUACCUAGAUACCUAAAGAGUUCUUUUUCAUGCGUCA